AUGAUAAAAAAUUUACGAUUGUCGUUAUUAUUUAUAUAUAUAUUAUUUAUUUAUCAAAUAAAUCAGUCAUUAACACUCAGUGUAUUUCAUUCGAAAGAUGUAUCAAUACUCAAUGAUCGAUUUUAUCCAAUUAAUGAAUAUUUUCAAAAAUUGAAUCAACAAAAUGAAUCUCCAUAUGACUUAAUUCAAUUAGAUAAUGACAAUAUUUUAUCACGUUCUACUUCGUAUAAACGAGAUUCACCUACGCCACAUAAAAUUUACAAACCUUUGCUUUGUUUCUUUAAUACUGUCACUUGCUUUGGUAAAAAAUAUUAA